UAGUAGCCGUUACCGACCGUAAGUCGCAAGACAAUCCAAGAUCGAUUGCUGGCGUUGUGCUAGUUGUGCGCUUUCAUACGUAUGUUAGUUAUGCGCAUUUAAAUCGCGUUCUAAACCAGUUGUUAAGAGACAGCAGAAAGACGUACUGAGUAAAGCAGUUUUUGAAAUUUCAGAAUGUCCACUUUUGACUUGACGAAGCCGGUCGAUAGCUCUGAAAGUGAAGAUGAAGACUACGUUCCAUCGGCCGAGGAGAGUGAUGGCGAUGAGUCUGAUGCUGAAAACGACGCUGGGAGUGACGCCGAGGUACCAGCUGGAAAGAAGCCUAAGAGGACAAAGAAAAAACAGUUGUCGAGGAAACGUAAGGGUGGAAUAUAUUUGGAGGGUGAAGUUAGUCCAGCACACGGAAGUCCUGAUAAAGCAGACGAUGCCGAGGAGCUAGUUCCUGCACUCAACCCGGACGAGGAAAAGAAGCGAGCAGAUGAUCUGUGGUCUGAUUUCUUGCGUGAUGUUGAACCUAUUCCUAGGAAACGCACUGUUUCCUGCUGCAAGUGCUGUCUCUAAGGAGCCGAGCAAACCAUCUUCUUCUACCACAAGUCCGCAAGAAGCACCAGAAAAGAAAGUGAAGAUUACUCAGCUUCUGGAAUUCGCUGGAGAGACCAUCAAGGUGGACAAGGAAGUUGCUGCCGAUUCUAAGGAAGCACGCUUAUUUGUUCAGCAGAAAGAGACUCCACAAGCGAAGUCACCAGUGUUGCCUGGAAAAAGGAAGCCUAUUGGUGUUGGAAAUGUCUUGAAUCAGCUCUUCAACAAGAAGCAGAAGAUCAGCACACUGGAGAAGUCUAAACUGGACUGGGACAACUAUAAGAAGAGUGAGGGCCUUGUGGAAGAUCUCCAGAGUCACAACAGAGGCAAAGACGGGUACCUCGAGAAGCAAGCGUUCUUGCAGCGGGCUGAUGUUCGCCAGUUUGAAAUUGAAAAGACCCUGAGGGCCAAGAACAGGUCAUCACACCACCUCUAGUUUGGAGUGAAUGUACCAUUCUUUUUUUUUGAUCCCAUAUAUUUGUCCACCUCAUUUGCUCAUUGUAACGUAAUAAAAAACAUUGUUUCGUGUCCUAAAACAACA